UCUGCAGAUUCAGUUUCAGCACUUCCUUACUUCAAUUAUAAAUACCACAUGCAUUAGCCACCUCCUUCCAUCCUAUCCACACUAUCCACUCUUCUCUAAAAAUGGCCUCCAAUUCUCUAAUCAUAAUCUGUUCUCUUCUUCUGGCGCUCGUUUUCUCAGGGAACUCUGCUCGUGUUCUGUUGGAAGAAGCUCCGAAGGAGGAGCAGCCAUCACUGCCAAAGCUUGAAUGGCCUCCUUUGCCUGAACUUCCAAAGCUAGAGUUGCCUCCGCUUCCAGAAAUCCCUCAUGAGUUACCCAAACCUGCUUUGCCUCCAUUGCCAGAGUUUCCACAUGACUUGCCAAAGCCAGAUAUCCCUCAAUUGCCAGAAAUCCCUCACGACCUCCCCAAACCAGAGCUAUCGCCAUUGCCAGAAAUCCCUCAUGACCUCCCAAAACCAGGCGCUCUGCAGCCAUUACCUGAGAUACCUCAUGAGUUGCCCAAGCCGGAGUUGCCGGAGAUACCGCACAUGCAGCCAGAAGAGCCUCAACAUCCAUUGAAUACAAUUGUGUUGCAGCUGUUCUGGAUAAAUGAUCAUACCGAAGCUUGCUUCAUACAAAAUCUGCAAAUUAAGUUUCAACACUCCCUUACUUCAAUUAUAAAUACCACAUGCAUUAGCCACCUUCUUCCAUCAUAUCAACCCUCUCCAAUCUUUUCUCUGAAUAUGGCCUCCAAAUCUCUGAUCAUCAUGUGCUCCCUUCUUUUGGCGCUCGUUUUCUCAGGAAACUCUUCUCGUCUUCUGUUGGAAGAAGCUCCAAAGGAGGAGCAGCCAUCAUUGCCAAAGCUAGAAUGGCCUCCUUUGCCUGAACUCCCAAAGCUAGAGUUGCCUCCGCUGCCAGAAAUCCCGCAUGAGUUACCCAAACCGGCGUUGCCUCCAUUGCCGGAGUUUCCACAUGACUUGCCGAAGCCAGAUAUCCCUCACUUGCCGGAAAUCCCUCAUGACCUCCCCAAACCAGAGUUACCGCCAUUGCCGGAAAUCCCUCAUGACCUCCCAAAGCCAGAUGCUCUGCCGCCAUUGCCAGAGAUACCUCAUGAAUUUCCCAAGCCGGAGUUGCCAGAGAUACCGCACUUGCAGCCGGCAGAGCCUCAACAUCCGUGAUAUGUUCAGUUCUGUGUGUUACUGUCGUUUGAAUUUUGAACUCCUCUUCUUCUACUUCACAUCAUUCUAUCGAUUGUUGGUUUCCUAACUUUUUUCAUUUCAUUUAUAUAUUUUGGGUUGUAUGUUAUGGAAGCACUUGUACGCAUUUGAAAUUCUCUUUUUUGUGCAUUA